AUGGAUAGCAAUAUAAGAUGUACACGAGAACAGUUGAUUACACUGAUGAAAGUUCGCGGCAGAGAGGGAGCAGCGAAACUAGGAAAAAUGUUUGGAGAUGCAUCGGCUUUAACCGAAGAUUACCUUAAGUCUUCUAUCACUGAAGGCUUAAGUGGUGAUCCUGAUGACAUUGCUGAAAGGAAGAGACUGUUUGGUGUCAACGUUAUACCUGAGCCAGAAGCAAAGUCGUUUUUACGCCUAAUGUGGGAGGCUAUGCAGGAUUUAACACUAAUUAUUCUGAUGUGUUCUGCUGCAGUUUCUCUUAUCCUUGGCUUAACGAUCGAAAUAGAGUCGAAUGGCUGGAUAGAAGGAGUUGCUAUUCUUGUUUCUGUAAUUGUUGUUGUGCUGGUUACGGCAUUUAAUGAUUAUACUAAAGAAAAGCAAUUUCGUGGCUUGAAAAACCGUAUUAAGGAAGAACAAAAAUUCGCCGUUAUUCGAGGCGGAACUGUUCAGCAAAUUAAUAUUGCUGAAAUUGUGGUUGGUGAUGUUGCUCAGGUAAAGUAUGGCGAUUUGUUGCCUGCGGAUGGGGUUGUAAUCCAGAGCAACGAUUUGAAAACGGAUGAAAGCUCACUUACCGGCGAAUCUGAUUUAAUUAAAAAAGGACCAAAUAACUUGAUGUUAUUAUCCGGUACUCAUGUAAUGGAAGGUAGUGGUAAAAUGAUCGUAACCGCUGUUGGUGUUAAUUCACAAUCAGGGAUAAUUUUUACAUUAAUGAGUGGAAAGAAAGACAUGGCUGAUGACGCUCAUGAUGACGAUGACGAUGAAGAUGAGGAUCUGCGUAUUGAAGAUGACACUUUAUCUGGGAACGGUGAAAUCGACAUUGAGAAACCGGAAAAGAAGAAAAGACUGAAAGAAAAAUCAGUGCUUCAAGGAAAAUUAAAUAAAUUGGCAAUAUUAAUUGGUAAAGUAGGCCUAUGCAUUGCUGUGCUAUCAUUACUGGUCCUAAUCGUUCGCUUUUGCAUCGAAACUUAUGCUAUUGGACAACUACCGUGGGUGCCUUCGCAUAGCCGACGCUUUCUGGGCUUCGUAAUUAUUGCAAUAACAGUUAUCGUAGUAGCUGUUCCUGAAGGCCUUCCAUUAGCCGUCACGAUUUCUUUGGCCUAUUCAGUAAAGAAAAUGAUGCUAGACAAUAACCUUGUAAGACAUCUCGAUGCAUGUGAAACCAUGGGUAAUGCAACCGCAAUUUGUUCUGAUAAAACAGGAACUCUGACUACAAACCGUAUGACAGUAGUUAGCAGCUACUUAGGGAAAAAACUCUAUCCUCAUGAUCCAGUUAUUAAUGACUUGUCCAGCAACUACAUUGAAUUACUUUGCGAGGGUAUAGCAACAAAUAGUAGUUACACUUCGAAGAUUACGCCGCCGCCUCCAGAAAAUCCUGAUCAGUUACCCGGCCAAGUCGGAAACAAAACAGAGUGUGCUUUAUUAGGCUUUGUAAAGAAAUUUGAUCGUAAUUAUGAUGAUUACCGAAAGAAAAUUACUGAGGAAAACUUUCUUAAGGUGUAUACAUUCAAUUCGGUACGUAAGUCGAUGUCUACCGCUAUUCCGAAGAGUACUGGCUGCAGAAUUUAUACAAAAGGGGCGUCUGAGAUUAUUCUAAAGAAGUGCAGUAGUAUCAUUAAUUCUGAUGGUGCUGUUCAUGAUUUCUCGAGUGAAGAACGUGAUGAUCUUAUCAGAUCUGUUGUGGAAAGUAUGGCUUCUAACGGUCUACGUACUAUUGGACUUGCUUAUAAGGAUAUAGACAACUAUAAUCUCGUAAAUUGGGAGGACGAAGAGAGUGUGAUAGACGAUUUGACUUGUAUUGGUGUUGUUGGUAUUGAAGAUCCAGUAAGACCCGAAGUUCCUGGUGCAAUAAAGCAAUGUCAAAGUGCUGGUAUUGUGGUUAGGAUGGUUACGGGAGAUAACUUAAAAACUGCGAAAUCAAUAGCUCUUAAAUGUGGCAUAAUAUCGGAAAAUGACGGAUUUAUAGUUAUUGAAGGAAAAGACUUCAAUAGAAGAAUUCGAGAUAAACAUAAUAAAAUAAGUUUAAAUCUUAUGAGCAAGUUACUCCCUAAAAUAAGAGUAUUAGCACGAUCAUCUCCAGAAGAUAAGUAUACGUUAGUAAAGGGCCUGAUUCAAAGUAAAAAUAUUCAAGAUGUUGUAGCUGUUACAGGAGAUGGUACAAACGAUGGUCCUGCCCUAAAAGUGGCGGAUGUUGGCUUUGCUAUGGGAAUUGCCGGCACUGAUGUUGCAAAAGAAGCGUCAGAUAUUAUAUUAACUGAUGACAAUUUUCGUAGUAUUGUGAAGGCUGUAAUGUGGGGAAGAAAUGUUUACGACAGCAUUUCAAAGUUCUUACAAUUUCAGCUUACCGUAAAUGUUACUGCUGUCAUAACGUCAUUUAUUGGAGCAGCUUCAAUACAGGCUAGCCCGUUAAAGGCGGUACAACUACUAUGGGUCAACCUGAUAAUGGACACUUUUGCGUCUUUAGCCUUAGCAACAGAACUACCUUCUCCCGAUUUGUUAAAUCGCAAACCGUAUGGACGUAACAAGGCCUUAAUAUCGAGAACUAUGACGAAGAAUAUCGUAGGCCAUUGCCUGUAUCAGCUGACAGUGCUGUUUCUUAUUAUAUUUUAUGGAGAAGUCUUAUUUGAUAUUAAGGAAGGUCGAGCAAACGAGACUGCUCACUCGCUAGUUCCUACAAAACAUUUCACUAUGGUAUUUAAUACUUUUGUUCAAAUGCAGAUCUUUAAUGAAAUCAACGCUCGAAAAAUUCAUGGAGAGAGAAAUGUACUUCAAGGAAUACUUAAGAAUCCGAUAUUUUUAAUAAUAUUUUUCGGUACAAUCGCUGUUCAGGUUGUAUUAGUAGAAGCUGGUGGGAUAGCUUUCCACUGUUUACCCCUCGAUCUCGAUUUAUGGCUCUGGUGCAUAUUUUUCGGAGCUGGCGAACUCGUUUGGGGUGUGAUGCUUAGCUAUAUUCCCAGUUAUAAAUUACCCAAGAGCUGGAGAUUUGGGACGAAGCCAGUAGAGUAUCCGAUUAGUGAACCUGAUUCAGUUCCUGAUAACCGAGCACGAGUAAUUAUUUCUUUUAGGUGUUGUAUCUAG